CUCUGGUGUCGAUUGGAUCAAAACCAUAUGUUUUUUGUUUAUAAAAUUUCUUUUAACAACAAUGUAAAGACAACAUAAAUAAGAAAUUACUUUUUAUGUUUAAAAUAUUGACGGUCUCAUUUUAUAAAAUGAAACGACAAACGUUCAAAAAAUUUUUUAAAAAAAAUAGAUGUUCAAGUGAUGCUACUUUAUUGGUUGUUGGUAUUUUAGCAAGUUGUACAAAUUUGUCGCAACGUGAAUGUACGUGUUGUGCAGAUCAAUAAUCAAUUUAUUUAUAAAAAGGAUAAAAAAUGGAAGAUACAAGCAAGUUGCGUAGUUGUAUAGAAUUAUACAAAACUAUGCCGGAACUGUGGAACUGCAAAAAUGAAAAUUAUAAAAAUAAAAACAUUCGCAAUAAGAGGUAUAAUAAACUAUUAAUUGAAUAUAAAAAAGUGAAAAAAGAUGCUACACUUGAUGAAUUAAAGAAGAAAAUCGCCAAUAUGCGUACGUGCUAUCGCCGCGAAUUAAGGAAAGUCCUUAGAAGCAAAAAGUCUGGAGCAGAUGACAUUUAUGUAUCAAAUUUAUGGUACUAUGACUAUUUUGAUUUUUUGCGAGAUGUGGAAAUGCCAGGUCGAACGAAUUUAAGUUCAGAUGAAGAAGAAAGUGGUAUUAUAAAAGUGGAAAAGAAGCAGGUAUCCAAGAAAUCAUUAGCAGCCGACACAAGAAUUGAAUUACUUAAGAAAGCGGUCGAUCAUUUAGAGUCAUCUUCAAAAAUUGCAAGAGUCGAAGACGAAGCUGAUACUUAUGCAAAUGGAUGGGCUUACAUGUAUAAGCAAAUGAAUACAAAUCAACAAUUAUUUGCCAAACGAGCAAUCGAAGAAAUUUUAAUAUUGGGACGAUUCAACAAAUUGAAUUUUGACACUGUACAAUGUAUUACCAAUCAAUCUGCUAAUUUCCACACUUCAAUUUCAAGAGAUACUACACCAUGUUCUACCCCCUCGAUACCGGUAAAUUUCAAUGAAGACUCUAUCCAUUUUCCAAAGAAUGAAUCAUGAACGCUAAGAAAUAAUUAACAAAUAAAUUUUAAUUUUUGUUUUAAAAAAUAAACUCAUCUUUGGUGAAGAGAUUUA